GGCCGGCUGUCAGCUACACUCUGUGUUCGGUGCUAGAUCGGUCGGUUGUGCGGUAGUGUCACGUCCGAAGACCCGAAGCUCCCCUUAUACUUGUACAUAACAUUUUUUUUAUACUAAACGAAAGAAAACAUAAACUAACAAACCAAACAUGUGUGACGAAGAAGUUGCUGCACUCGUAGUUGACAAUGGAUCCGGUAUGUGCAAGGCCGGUUUCGCGGGAGACGAUGCUCCCCGCGCCGUCUUCCCAUCCAUCGUCGGUAGACCACGCCACCAGGGUGUCAUGGUUGGUAUGGGGCAGAAGGAUUCCUACGUUGGCGACGAGGCCCAAUCGAAAAGAGGUAUUCUGACUCUGAAAUACCCUAUCGAGCACGGUAUUGUUACCAACUGGGAUGAUAUGGAGAAGAUCUGGCAUCAUACCUUCUACAACGAACUUCGAGUAGCCCCCGAAGAACAUCCGGUGCUCCUUACGGAAGCUCCCCUGAAUCCCAAGGCUAAUCGCGAGAAGAUGACACAAAUUAUGUUCGAGACAUUCAACACACCGGCGAUGUACGUCGCCAUUCAGGCUGUUCUGUCGCUGUACGCUUCCGGUCGUACCACCGGUAUUGUAUUGGACUCUGGUGACGGUGUUUCGCACACUGUUCCCAUCUACGAAGGAUACGCUUUGCCCCACGCCAUCCUGCGUCUGGACUUAGCCGGUCGUGAUUUGACUGACUACCUCAUGAAGAUCCUUACGGAGAGGGGAUACUCGUUCACCACCACGGCUGAGCGUGAAAUUGUCCGUGACAUCAAGGAGAAGCUCUGCUAUGUCGCCCUCGACUUCGAACAAGAGAUGGCCACCGCUGCGUCAUCCUCCAGCCUGGAGAAGAGUUACGAACUUCCCGAUGGCCAGGUGAUUACCAUCGGUAACGAGAGAUUCCGUUGUCCGGAGGCUCUCUUCCAGCCAUCCUUCCUGGGUAUGGAAGCCUGCGGUAUCCAUGAAACCACGUACAACUCCAUCAUGAAGUGCGAUGUCGACAUCCGUAAAGAUCUUUACGCCAACACUGUCCUAUCCGGUGGCACUACCAUGUAUCCUGGUAUCGCUGACAGAAUGCAGAAAGAAAUCACUGCCCUAGCUCCAUCAACUAUGAAGAUCAAGAUCAUUGCCCCGCCCGAGAGGAAAUAUUCCGUAUGGAUUGGCGGGUCGAUUCUUGCAUCGCUGUCCACCUUCCAGCAGAUGUGGAUUUCCAAACAAGAGUAUGACGAGUCCGGACCAUCCAUCGUUCACAGGAAGUGCUUCUAAGCGCAUCUUUGAUAAUUCCUCUUGCAUACUAUCAUUCCCCGAACCCCGUGAGCGGCCUCUGUCUUGUUUCGCAGGCGGACAUAACAUCAACUUCCGCAAUAAGAAUUGUCCUUUUGGUUCCUCCGGGGCGAAGGUAGCUUCUUUCGAUUCGGACGUACGUGGGACAUAAUUAGCACAGAGGCAAUCCUAAACAUCUUUGCUCCAUUCAUUUUUCAUCAUUUAAUUAGACACUAUGGUAUCUUAAACGUACCCCCCGAAUUCCUAAAUACCUUCCUGUCCUAUCGAAUCCUUUGUAUUAUAUAUUCAAAUAACAUGCCUACGGUAGCUUUUAGCUAACCACCCUCACGAAAAACAUGUUUUUUAUGUCAUCGCGAUGUUUCCACACUCUCUAUGAUCGAUAAAAGUAAUUAUGUGUUUUGGUUUUUCUCGCGUAUAACGCUGUAUUUGCCAAUUUAUAAUCGCGCGAGUUUGAGCUAAAAAAAAAAAAGAAAACAUUGCGUAAAUUAUUUCUCGCAGCAUCGUUUUCGAUACAGGACGGAAUCCGUUGAUCGAGGAUUCAGACUGUACGAAAGUUUCUAUUAAUAUUGUACCCUAUUGUAUGCAUUCCGCUACUUCUGCUCCGUGGCAUAUUUAAGACAACUCGUUGUCAAGUAUUUCAAUAAUUCAUCAUUCCCGGCGGAGAUAGGUCUUAUUAAAUAACUUCUAUUUUUUACCGUUACCAAUCGUUGAGGGAGAAAGAUGGCUCUUUCUUUUCUUUCUGUGUUUUUUUUUUUUUUUUAAAUAAUGGGGGAGACCGCUGACUCAAAAAAGUAUCCCAGAAGUUCGCUCAAACAAAUGAUUAAAAAAAAAGACACGGUUUUGACCCCGCAAGCGUAGCCAAAGUAUUAUAAUUUAUUCCCAUUGUAUUGUGCAAGACCAUUCACGUACACACAUCUUAAAGACUACUUUAGACUUAUGGGAUUAUAAAAUAAAACUCUUAAAAACAUUA